CUGCGUAAAUAUUGGAACCAGCGAUUCGACUACUUCUCGCGCUUCGACGAGGGCAUCCAGAUCGACAACGAGGGCUGGUACUCUGUGACGCCAGAGGCAAUUGCCGAGCACACGGCGCGGCGCAUCUCGCAGCUCUACAACAGCCGCAGCCAGGACGAGGACUUUGGGCGUAUCUGCGUCGUUGAUGCGUUCUGUGGCGUGGGUGGCAACGCAAUAAAGUUUGCCGAGUGGUGCGAGCAUGUCAUUGCCAUCGAUGUUGAUCCAGGCAGGCUGCAGAUGGCCAAGAACAACGCAGCGGUGUACGGCGUGGCUGACCGCAUCGAGUUCAUCCUGGGCGACUUUUACGAGCUGGCGCCGUCGCUGAAGGCCGACGUGGUGUUUCUGAGUCCGCCGUGGGGAGGGCCCGAGUACCAGAGCACGAAGGUGUUUGAUCUGGAUGCGCUGCCAGUCAAGACAGGGCAGCAGUGGGUGGAUCGGGCCCGGCUGAUCUCGGAUAAUGUGGUGUGCUUUUUGCCGCGCAACUGCAGGCCAGAGGACCUGGCUGCUCUGGCACCGGCGCUGCCGUGCGAUAUCGAGAUGAACCGGAUAAACGGGUUUCUCAAGGCCGUCUCGGUGUACUUUGGCCAGCUGGCG